AUGAGACUCCGUAAGGCUCAAAACAGUAGCGAUGCAAAUGAUCUCUCUACGUUUUCAAAAUGGCUUCUCGAUAUUGGGGAUGGCAAAAUCAACGAGCCUAACAAUGGUGAGGUAGAAAUAGACAUACCCAAGGAUUUAUUGAUUACAGAAUGUGAUAAUCCUAUACAAGCUAUUGUUAAAGAGAUAUACGGUACAUCGUUUGCAACAAGGAACGAUGCAAAAUUCUUUUGCGAAAGAACUAUCCUGAGUCCUAGGAAUGAUGAUGUCAAUAAGAUAAAUCAAUAUAUGCUCUCUCAAAUUCCAGGGGAAGAGAUACAAUAUUUGAGUUCAGAUAGUGUCGAGACUUCUGAUACAAGUGCUUAUGACGAUAUGAUCUACACUCAGGAAUUCUUAAACAGUAUUCAAGUUUCUGGAUUACCUAACCAUGUUCUCACAUUGAAAAAGGGAGCACCUAUCAUGUUGCUUAGGAAUAUUGAUCCUAAGGGAGGUUUAUGCAAUGGAACGAGGUUGAUUGUUACGCAAAUGGCUAAUCAUGUUAUCGAAGCAAGGAUUGUAACAGUGUCGUCUCAAAGACAAUACGCAUUCAAAUUCAUGACCAUAUGGCAAUCGAGCGGGUGCCAUCUCAUUUACAAAUCCGAACCUGUGUUCCGUGUAAUGCGGUUUAUGAGGGUUGGAGAAUACGAAGGUGCACCAUGUCUUGAAACCACUUUGGACUCUUCGAAGAUCUUUAUAAAACCAGAAUUCGAAGGACUGGAGCAUCACCAGGCUAUGUAA